AUGUCAUCUGCAUACAUCAAGUCUACAAAGAACUGUGUGAGGAAUUUUCUCUUGGUCGCCAUUUUCUAUGUAUGUUUUUUGCAUCUGGUAGAAAGUUGCAACUGCCCAAACAUCACCAGGGAAGAAAAUUUCUGCAAAAGUGAUUACACUAUCAUUGGAAGUUUAGUUGGUCGUAUUGGGACACCAGGCGCGGAGAAGAACGUUUUCGUCAUCCAAGUCAAAUUUCAUAUCAAGGGGUCUGGCCCUAAAUAUAUUGAACUUGAGAGUCCAACGAGUUCAGCACAGUGCGGUGUGUUAUUGAGUGUCGGAAAGGAUUACAUUCUUGCAGGACAAAUCAUUGAAGGAAUAAGAGGAAAAAUUGAUUCUUGUUGUUGGAUGGAACUAUGGGAUGAGGUUCCACUUAAAGUAAAAUGGCGUUUGUUACACAAACAAAUUUCCUGCAGCACACAGAAGUAUAUCGCCCCAAAAUUACAGAAUCAACCAGUCAGUUACUCUAAAGACAAUACAAUAUAUCCAAAUAAUCAACAGAUGCCACAAACUUCCAUUAAAAACGAUUUAAACCGAGGGUUUUAUAUAUCAUCCCCGGAAAACACUUUAAAUCAAAUGUCCAAAAUCUCACCCCAGCAGACAGGAAGGGGUGAUAUGGAACAUGGAAGUAUGAUGAGAAAUCAAAUGUUCUCACCUCAGUACACAGGGAGAGGUGAUAUGGACCAUGGGAGUAUGAUGAGAAAUCACAUGAAUGCAGAGCCACCAGAAAGCAUGGACUAUGUAAGAGAGGGAGUCGGCAUGAUGUUCGGUGGUUAUAUGAAUAGAAACCAAGAUAUUUACAAUCGGUACAGAGAAAUGAUGGAUUAGCAUUGAUACAUGUAAAUAAGUUACAUUUUGAAAUACAUUCCUUUUUAUAUCCAUUUUAUCAUAUUUUAUUUUGGUUGUUGUUCUAAAUGCGUGGUUUUAUAAAAAUCCUUUUUUCUGAUGAAAUCAGUUCUUAUCCUUGAUAUCUGCAAGCAAUUAAGACAACCACUGAAGAGACUUGCAUGUGUUCUAUUAUUUUUUGAUUUAUUCUACCUUACAUCCUCUGAUAUGAUCAUGACAGUAAUAAGUUCUCAUACAUAGUAGUAAUUUUUAUAAGCACACUUUU